AUGGUGAAGUGGUACGAGGUACAACCCGACCGUAGCGAUUCUGGCAGCUAUCCCGACAUUGAUGGCUUUGGUCCAGUUGAAUAUAUCACCAUAGCAUCAACGGAACGAGUCGUCUGUCAAGAUAUUUGGGAUGUUGGACUUAUUCCCGCAGAUGUUUUGCAGUCACUGUAUGUUUGUCUUUGGGAAUCCAAUACAGACAUCGUUGCAGAAGGCGAGACGCUUGUCAAGACCCUGAUGAGUAUCAGGAAGAAGAGGAAUUUCAGUCUCCAUAUCGAAUUGGUUCAACAGGAGGUCAGGUUAAACUUGUGGGUCCCGUGGAUCGAACUCCUGAGACCUGUUCUCCAGGCAUAUGAACGCGAAGGAGGGCAUUUGCGUUUCAAAUGGGGGCAUCCGUUUAACAGGUACGACGACAUAGAGUUUGACCUCACCGAGGUGCUCAGAGAUACGAGUGGAAGUGAACAGUGGAGGCAAGAUGCGAGAGAGUAUCUGGACAGUCUGGAUGACUAUAUCCUCAAGGAAUAUCACGAGGAUCCGUGGAUCGCAUUUUCGGAACGCCAUUACCUUAUCGAGAAUGAGCCAGAUUAUGACCCCAAGAAUUAUGCUCAUCCUGCGCUCAACACUCCGCCCGGCUUCUAUCCUGAUGAAUCAGAAUAUAGCGAUAGCGACGAUGAUACUGGCGCAAGCGAUGCUAGUCAAGACGAUGCUGGCGAAGACGACCUCAGCGAAGAGGACUCAAGCGCAGACGACGCUAGCGAAGACGAUGUCAACGCGGACGAUGCUGGCGAACAUGACUCUACUGCGCAAGUCUCUACUGCCGCAGUCUCUACUACGGAUUAA